AGACUUGAUCAUCAUGCAGAUUGUUAAAUGAAUUGCGAUAGAUUUAGGCAGCGCCAAACAAAAACAGAGGAGAUUCCUGUAAGGAAAGGACAGGACGCCGCCCCAGCUCCUCUUGGUGUUCUUCUUGCCAAAGCUUGCGUUGACUUGCUCGUCCAAUGUCCAUGAGUUCAGGGAUGGAGGAGGGGAUCGGCAAGAGGCGGCAUCAGCACCACUUCGUGCUGGUGCACGGCGUCUGCCACGGCGCCUGGUGCUGGUACCGGGUGGCCACGCUCCUGUCCUCGGCCGGCCACCGCGUCACGGCGCUGGACAUGGCCGCGUGCGGCGCCCGCGCCGACCGCGCCGAGGAGGUGGCGUCCUUCGAGGAGUACAGCCGGCCGCUGCUGGACACGGUGGCCGCGCUGCCGCCGGGGGAGCAAGCGGUCCUCGUCGGCCACAGCUUCGGCGGGCAGAGCCUCGCGCUGGCCAUGGAGAGGUACCCGGACAGGGUCGCCGUCGCGGUCUUCGCCUCGGCCGCCAUGCCCGCCGUUGGGAAGCCCAUGACCUUCGUCCUAGAAGAGUUUUCGCAAGAAACGGGGCCAGAUUUCUACAUGGAUUGCACAUACGGCGCCAGCAGCGAUCCUCAGUAUCCGGUGGAGACACUUCUGCUAGGGCCAGAGUACUUAGCCAAGAGAUUGUAUCAGCUCAGCCCUCCUGAGGAUUUGACUUUGGCAAUGGCGAUGGUGAGGCCAUCACAGUGGUUCGUAGACGACGCGGUGCUGAAGGGGAGCGUCCUGACGGCGCAGGGGUACGGCGCUGUGAGGCGGGUGUGCGUCGUUGCCGAGGACGACGCGUCGUGGUCGGCUGACUUCCAGCGGCGGAUGGCGUCGUGGAACCCCGGCGCGGAGGUGAGGGGGUUGCAGGAAGCUGAUCACAUGCUGAUGUUGUCAAAGCCAAGGGAGCUCUCAGAACUGCUACUGGAGAUAGCUGACAGGUACUACCGAGAAGCACAUACCUGAUUGUACACCCAUCAGCAAAAAUUAUGGCCUUAUGGCCUAUGGGUGUUCUAGUAUGAAUGCUGGAAUGUUCUGCACAAAAGUUGUCAGAGAAAGUUAUAUCCACGUCGUGAAAUAACAUUAGAUUAUCAAGGCCUCAAGGCUCCACGGACCCGGUAUUGCUCCGGAUUGUUGUUUGGACCGUGCUACAGUAUGUUUUGUAUCAUGUUGGCAGAUAGAAAGGUUAAUUUUUUAACACGAAUACUCCCUUUUAUUUUA